AUGAAGCUGCUGCGGCGCGCGUGGCGGCGCCGAGCGGCGCUGGGCCUGGGCGGUCUGGCCUGCGGCGCCGCGCUGCUCUACCUGGCGCGCUGCGCGGCCCGCGGCCCCGGCCCGCCGCCCUCCCGCGGCCCCGCGCCCGCCGCGCCCGCGCGCGCCGACGCUUUUCUGGCCGUGCUGGUGGUCAGCGCGCCGCGGGCGGCCGAGCGGCGCAGCGUGGUUCGCGGCACGUGGCUGGCGGCGCGGCGCGGCGGCCCGGACGACGUGUGGGCGCGCUUCGCCGUGGGCACAGGCGGCCUGAGCGCCGAGGAACGGCGCGCGCUGGAGCGCGAGCAGGAGCGGCACGGCGACCUGCUGCUGCUGCCCGCGCUGCGCGACGCCUACGAGAACCUCACGGCCAAGGUGCUGGCCAUGCUGGCCUGGCUGGACGAGCACGUGGCCUUCGAGUUCGUGCUCAAGGCGGACGACGACUCCUUCGCACGGCUGGACGCGCUGCUGGCCGAGCUGCGCGCCCGCAGCCCCGCGCGCCGCCGCCGCCUCUACUGGGGCUUCUUCUCAGGCCGCGGCCGCGUCAAGCCUGGGGGCCGCUGGCGCGAGGCCGCCUGGCAGCUCUGCGACUACUACCUGCCAUACGCGCUGGGCGGCGGCUACGUGCUCUCCGCCGACCUGGUGCGCUACCUGCGCCUCAGCCGCGAGUACCUGCGCGCCUGGCACAGCGAGGACGUAUCGCUGGGCGCCUGGCUGGCGCCGGUGGACGUGCAGCGCGAGCACGACCCGCGCUUCGACACCGAGUACAAGUCUCGCGGAUGCAGCAACCAGUACCUGGUGACGCACAAGCAGAGUCCGGAGGACAUGCUGGGGAAGCACCGGACACUAACACGCGAGGGCCGCCUGUGCGAACAGGAGGUGCAGCUGCGCCUCUCCUACGUGUACGACUGGUCCGCACCGCCCUCGCAGUGCUGCCAGAGGAAGGAGGGCAUCCCCUGAGCCGCAGGGGCGCGUGGCGCCGGGCUGCGGGCUCUCAGCGCAGCCGCCGCCGGAGUCCUUUGGGGCCUCCCGCUGGCCUUACGCAGGCGGAGCUGAUAGGCUCCGGCUGGUUGUCCGUGAUGAGCCCGGCCCUCGGGAGGACCUGGUUUGUCCCCUGGCCGCCGCGGCUUUCUCAGGCACAGUGGGAAACACCUAGGCCUCGGCUGGGUGCACCCAUCAUACAUGCGGUUCAGCUCAAGAACGUUUUGUGCAGGAUCUGGGAAAGCCCUGGAGCCUGCCAAGGCGAUGCAUCAUGUCCGGGGAACAAUAUCCCGUCCCUGGAUUUCAGCCAUCGUUGGCCUGGAUGGGGGAGCUGCCCAGCCUGGGAUGUGGCUGCAGGCCAAACCUCCCCAGUCUGCAGGGGCUUGCAGCUCCGCCCCUAGCCUGUCCCCUGGGUGUCUUCUCCAAAGGCAGGGGCAAGGAGCCAGAGGGGGGGACUGACGGGCCCAUGCGGAACCUGACCCCAAAGAAGGAAUUUCGACUUGUUCUGGAGUGGGGACCACCUCACACCCUGCAGCCACCCCACUGACCUUGCUCCUGGGAAACCGCUGCACCAAUAGCUCAGACUGCUGCGAGCUGACCCUGGGCCCUCACAUGUUGCAACUUACCUGCGUGUUGCAAUCCAGUGGCUCUUAUCAAAGCUGCUGUCGCUUCAUUGGGCUAGAUCACCUUCUUUUAUGUCCCAUGCUAGUGCCAUUCGUCGUGUGUGAGUCUAAGAUUUAGCUUCAUCUUGUGUUGAUUAGCUUUAGUGGUGUUGCCCUGGAGCGGACUCCUGGUAAACAUAAUUCAGUGCUUGCCUGUGAUUUAUUUAUAAAUAUUGUAAAUUUGUAUAGAAAAGAGCUUAAAUUGGGGAGUAAGCGGGCUUCAGUAUUUUAAUAUUUAAGAAGAGAUUUUCCUGUCAGAACUUGGAAUUUGUGGAUUAAUCUGUUCUGACAGCCUGAGUUGUAUCCCUGGCACUGUGUGUGUGUUUAAACGUGGAAGAAUUUCAAAACUGUCCAUUUUUCUUUUCAGUUUACACAUUAAGUCAUUGCCAUUGUCUAUUUCUGAGAAAACUUCCCUUUUAAGGCUUCUUCGGGGCAAGUGUGUCUCACACCCACGUCUGUUAUUUUAACUUUGGCCUCAAGUUCCAGGAAUCUGGACCCUUAGAGAUGUUGAUAAGACUUCCCAAAGUCUGUCCUAAGAAAACAGGCUUUGCCAGUCAGGGGUCCUUUUGGAGACAGGAUUCCCAUGCACCCCGACCAGUUGCCUCUCAUGUACCUGAACAUCCUCAGAAGAUGGGGGUCUCCUUUUCCCCCAUUAAAUGUGAGCAGUGAACACCAUGGUCAUUGCAAAAGUAGAAUAAAGUGGUCCCCAGCCUCCUGCAAGCCUUGUCCAGUG